AUGGCCAUGGAACUUCUCGACUUUCCCAAUGAAAUCCUCAAGGAGAUUGCAGAAUGGCUAUGGGAGGAAGCCGACUUGAAUGCUUUUUUGCGCACCAACCGCCGCUUGUUCAACCUCCUUGACACAUGCCUCUAUUCACACAACCUUCACCGCAUGGAACUUGACGAUAUAUGGGAAAAUAACGCCGCACUGGUGAAGACAGCCGACAGAUCCGGCCCGGAAGCCACAUACCGGAAAGCAUUGGAGGCCAUCAACGCCAGAGAUACGAGCCGGUCUAAGAAGCUUGCAGAGCAAACACUCUAUAGAGUGAUAAAUGCUGGCCAAGCCAACUUCAUCAAGAUACAUCUUGCCGUUGACGAUGCCUUCAACCCGGAAAAGCAUCCGCAGAUCAACAAGAACCCAUUCAUCCGCAGCUGUUCCCAGAAAAAUACGGAGAUAUUCUGGAUCUUGGCCAAGUCGCCCCUGUUUGAUGCAAAUGCUGAAGAUCAAGGUGGCAGUACUCCACUAAUGGGGGCAUGUGGCUGGGGACAUGUUGAACCAGUUCGUUUCCUCCUUGAACAUGGUGCCAACGUCAAUGCGCAAGACGAUAAUGGCUUCACACCAUUAUAUAAUGCGGCAGAAAACGGCGAGGUUGAGAUUCUCAAGCUGUUGGUCGCGACUGGCAAUCUCAAACUCAAUGUUUGCACAAAGGGUGGUGCGACGGCCCUCUGGCGGGCCAAUUAUCUCAACAAACGAGAGGCAACCCUUUUCCUAGCUAAGCAGCCAGGUGUGGAUUGCUAUAUUGGAGACCGACUGGGUUAUAGCCCUAUCCAAAUAGCUGUGCUGAACGGGGAUAUUGAAUUACUGGAAGCAAUGGUCGAAGGAGGCGUGGAUAUCAACUAUGACCCUCACGAGUGCGGGAACACAAUUGUAACCUUUGCUGCUGCUCAGGGGUGUGUUGAGGCUCUCAAAUUCCUGCUCAGUGUACCAGGCGCCCAGGUGAACCCCAAACCAGGUAUCUCGUGUUGGCCGCUUGGAGUGGCGGCUCACCAGGGCCAUGCACGUAUUAUCGAGGUGCUUUUGGAAUAUCCCGACACAAUCGUUGACGCGACAGAUGAAAAUGGCAACACGCCUCUCUUAAUUACCGCUCAUCUCGACCACAAGGAGGCAACUGAAGUACUUUUAGCAUCUUAUAAGCUCGAUAUCAACAAGAAAUGCAGCCGAGGAUACACAGCUCUCGGAGCAGCAGUGGAGAAGCAGAAUGUUUCCAUGAUUCGUCGGCUGCUAGCAGUUCCAGGAAUUGACCCAGAACUACGAAACGAUUUUGACCACACAACUCUUGAUAUCGCUGUUCGCUUAGGAGAUGUAGAAUGUGCUAAGACGCUACUCGAAUGCGCGGGGGUUGCAAAUGGCUCGGCAGUGAGACUUAAAGACAACCCUUAUGAGAAGGCAAAGGCAGAGGGGAAGACCGAAUUAGAGGCCCUGUUGAAACCAUACUAUGACCGUCGUGUAGGCUAG